AUGUUCACGUUCGCGGCGGAAGUAAGACCCGGUUGUUUUCCCGGCCUUCCCGAGAGGGUUUUCAUCUCCAAGGUCCCCGAAUAGACUUCGAAUGUGAUGUACUAUAGUACAGCGGAGUACCUUAGGGUACAACAUGCGAUUGACCAUGAAGUGCGUGGCUCGAUUGAUUUGCCGGUGUUUGAAGAGGAUGAUUCGAUUGAUGGUGACAGGUCGUGUUGUGCUGUUUUGGAGAUCGUCACCACUAAGGAGAAACUCGAUUUCGAUUUGGAGAUCAAUAAUAUUUCCCGUGCACUGCUGGUUUAUCUCUUACUUUUUUUUAAAGCAUUCGAUACAUACAUGCAAGGAUUUAUACGUGCGAGCGGAGGACAUUUUCUUGAAAAAGGGCAAGGUGUGGUCGGAAAAGCACUUCAAUCGAAUCAACCAUUUAUCUACCAUGAUGUGAAGGAGUAUCAUAUAAGCGAAUAUCCGCUUGUUCAUCAUGCUCGAAAAUACGGAUUAAAUGCUGCAGUUGCGAUUAGGCUUAGGAGUACUUUUACGGGCGAAGAUGACUAUAUAUUGGAAUUUUUCUGCCCGUGAAUAUGAGAGGGGGUGCAAAACAACAAUUAUUGCUUAAUAAUCUCUCGAGUACUUUGCAGAGGAUUAGUAGAAAUUUGAGAACAGUUUCAAAUGCGGAGUUGUUUGGGAAACAAUGAGUUUUGAAGAGCCGU